AUGUCCUCCGACCUUGAACGCUACAUUAGCGAUAACAGUCUCCGGCUGUUUGGCCUCGCAGACCGUAGCAUCAUCGACUAUGUAUUAACUUCAGCAUCUUCCGCGAAGUCUCCUGACGCUCUCUUUUCAAGCCUCCACGCUUCAGGUCUCCCUGAUAUCCCCGACGCCCACCAGUUCAUCAACGAGGUCUGGCAGCGCGCUCCCCGGAAGAGCAAGCACAAGAAGGACAGCACGAGGAAACAGGCCGAGCAAGAGGCCAAAGCGCUCCGCAGUCAGAGAUUCGACUAUCUUCUUGACGAAGAU